AUGGAUGGAAUCAAAUACGCAGUAUUUACAGAAAAAAGUCCUCGUUUAUUGGGCAAGAAUCAAUAUACUUUUAAUGUUGAAUCGGGAUUCACUAAGACAGAAAUAAAGCAUUGGGUCGAACUCUUCUUUGGUGUUAAGGUGGUAGCUGUGAAUAGCCAUCGACUACCUGGAAAAGGUAGAAGAAUAGGACCUAUUCUGGGCCAUACAAUGUUGUAA